AUGAACGAAAAAAAGGGCGUGAAGCGUCCAUUCAUUUACCGCUACAACGCUUUCUGCCGUUUCAUAAGCGGGGACUACAAGAGUCAAGGGGUCGUGGAUCGUCUCGGCUACUGGGCAGUGUUGACACUCCUAAAAAUCAGCACGGGGUUCAUCAUGGUGAUGAUCGUUCUGGCCGGGGUCCGGAGCAUCUCGGAUUUUUGCGACGUGAGCAUCAACCUGGUGAGCUUCCUCACCAUCGAAGUCUACGCUCUGCUCUUCGUUCUGCGUGGCGAAGCCUUCAACGCGAUUGUGAGCAAGCUGGCAUCCCUAUGGCUGGAGGCGAUACAAAACGUCCGGACCCUGAGAGAACAGAGCCGGGUCGAAAAGUGCGUCUGGAGCAUUCGCAUCAUCGUCCCGCUCCUCAAUAGCGGGGCCUUUGCCAUCUUCAUCGGCUACGCCACGGCGCCCAUCGUUCUCUUCUUCACCUCCACGAGCAAGAACAGACGCAUGGGACUCCCUUUCAAAAUGGCCAAGUUCCUCGAGCACACGGAUUACUCGACGGUGAUCUGCAUCUACGUCAUCGCCGUCGCCUGUUUGAGCUACUCUUGCUUCAUCAUCAUCAACCUCAAUGCCCUGUACUUGUCCAUGCUUUGUACUUUGGAUGCGGGACUUCACUUGACCAGUCUUUUCAUGUGCAGAGCCUAUGAAAAUCGGUGGGUUUAUGCGAACAGGAAGACUGCUGAUAAAUACACUGUCACCAUGACCGAUUUUCAGCUCGGCCUUGAUUUGAAAAGAUCCUUCGUUCGACAUCAACAAUGGCUCAGAGCUGCCAUGGAAUUGAAACAUGUGAUGAAUGAACGAUUUCUUGUUUUGCACAUGGGAACCAUAACUGUAACCACACUCGCUUCGUUCUUAACUGCAAAUGAUCCAGCACAUCAUUACUAUCAGAUAGCGAUGGCAUUCAUACCUCUUGGUAUAUACUUUCUUUUCUUCUUCAAGGCUACGAGUAUAUCAGCAACCGCCGGCCAAUUUACAGCAGACCGCCUAUACUUUUGUCACAUGCGAAUGCCUGCGCUGAUGAAAAUAGAUUCAAAGACAUUUUUAUUCAUCAUGAGGAGAUUACAAAGACCGGUUUUCUUCGAAAUUGGGAAAAUUUGGCAUCUCUCACUCAUGAGAUUUGUCUCGAUACUACAGCACAUAUUCUCAGUUAUAAUGUUGCUGAGGUCCAUAAAUAAUCGGACGAUGUCUCCCUCCGUGAAUGGCGAAAUUGAAGUAACUUAACAUAGCGUAGCGUAACAUGACUUAGUAAGCGAUAUGUGUUCAGAUACUUACGAUUUUUAUGUUUACAUAUAAAGUUGCAGCUGAAUGGCGCAUAUUUUCAGCAAAACAUUCCAUGUUAUGCUUCAAGAAAACUGAGCCAAUGCGUUAAAUUAUCUGUUUAG